CCCUCCUUCCCCCGUCACAGAAGCCCUACAAUAUUUCCAAUUUCCCAACUCACUCCGAGUUCGAUGAAGAAGAUUUAAUAGUCAGAAGGAUUAAAGAUCAAUCAGAAUCAUCGACGAUCAUGUUUUCCGUCGACUCCGAUUCAAAUCUGAAGCCGAUCGUCAUCCGAGAAGUAUGGUCUGAUAAUCUCGAAUCCGAAUUCGAGUUGAUCCAAGAUGUCAUCGAUCAGUACCCCUACAUUUCCAUGGACACAGAAUUCCCCGGCAUCGUCUUCUAUCCGACCGACAACAGCGGCAAGUUCUACCACCACAAGCCGUCUGAGCAUUACCUCGUCCUCAAAUCCAACGUUGAUUACUUGAAGCUCAUCCAAGUCGGCCUCACCUUCUCCGACGCCGACGGCAACCUUCCGGAUCUGGGAACCGGCAACCGGUAUAUCUGGGAAUUCAACUUUCGCGAUUUUGAUGUCUCCCGCGAUGCGUAUGCCCCGGAUUCGAUUGAGUUGUUGAGGCAACAGGGGAUUGAUUUCGAGAAGAACAAGGCGAAGGGAAUCGACUCGAACAGCUUCGCCGAGUUGAUGAUGUCAUCGGGACUCGUCUGUAACGACUCGGUGAGUUGGGUAACGUUUCAUAGUGCGUACGAUUUUGGUUACUUAGUGAAGAUCCUUACCAGCCAGAGAUUGCCGGACGAGAUCGGGGAAUUUUUGAGGGUUUUGAGGGUAUUAUUCGGGACUAGGAUUUAUGAUGUGAAGCAUCUGAUGAAGUUUUGUCAGAGUUUGUACGGUGGGUUGGACCGGGUAGCCAAGACGCUCGCAGUGGACCGGGCGGUUGGGAAGUGCCAUCAGGCCGGGUCCGAUAGCUUACUGACGUGGCAUGCGUUCCAAAAGAUGAGAGAGAUAUAUUUCCGCAAAGAUGGGCCGGAGAAGCACGCCGGCGUUCUGUAUGGGUUGGAGGUUUUUUAAUCAAAAUAAAAGUUUUGUUUAUUUAUAUUUUCUGGAUAAUUUGCUUAUAAUCCUGGCCGACCAUUUAAUUUUGAUCAAUUAUGUGGAUAUUUUGACUGGCUAAAUCCUGGCCGUCCAUUUAAUGGUAG